UCCUCCUCCUCCCCUCCUCCUCCUCCCUCCGCCCACUCCUCCUCCUCCCCCCUCCUCCCCCUCCUCCCUCCUCCUCCUCCUCCUCCUCCCCGGGUCGCCCAGGGCCCCGGGGGACACCGUGCAGUCCCGGGGAGCUCCGCCAGCAGAUGGCCGGGCUCGCGCGCUCCCUCCUCGGCGCCUCGGCGCUCGGCCUCGCCGCGGGGCUCUCCGCUUCCGGCCGCGGCGCCGGCCACGGCGCCGGCCGCGAGGGCGGCGCCCAGACGCCAGAGGAGCUGGGCUUCUCCGAUUCGGGCGACUCCGACGACGCGGGCAGUUAUGGCAAGUCGCAGUUCGGCGAGGAGUUCUGCCUGGAUAUUGGCGCAAAGGGUUUCCCGAUCCCCACGUUCAAGAUGCUCCAGGCGGCCAACUGGGACGCGGCGACGUACUUCGCGCAGUUGCAGGGGGCCGGAUACGCCGAGGACGCCUUGCAGAUGACCGGCCCGGACGCAGCCCUGCUGAAGUCGGACUGCAUGAGGGAGCGCUCCCACGGCAGGACGAAACAUAUCUUUGUGGGUGAUUCGCAGAUGAUGUCCCUGCGCAAUGCGUUCCACCGCCUUAACAAGUGCCCUGAAAUCUGGUGGUCAAACCACACCGAGCAGGAUAUUUCUGACAUGAUGGGGACGGUGCGGAGGAACGACAAGUCCAAGUCAAGGACGGGGAGCAAUGCGCGCUUCUAUUCCAAGGCCGAGCAGGCCCCAGCAACGGCGCAGCUGCCCCACGGCUGCACGGAGGAGGGCAUUGGAUCCUUCAUCCACUGGGACGGCUGGGUCAGCCACACGCUGCCUGUGAAGGAGAUCAAGAAGGAGAUGGAGUUGAUCGGCGUGGACCCUGCGGAGGGGGACAACGUUGUCGUCUGGGUUGGGUCGAACUUCAUUCCAGCAAGGCAUAGGAUGACCGCCCUGUUGCAAGCCAUCAACAAGCUCCACGAGAUGAAGGUCAAGCUGGUUUGGGACUCCCCAGCAUACCAGGACGUGGCCCUCAUGGCCGCCACGACGACCCACAGCGAGGGACGCGAUGAGCGCACCAAGAUUCCUAUUACCUUCAACUCCAUCAGUCAGCGAAAGGCCACUGGGCAAAUCGGCUCGAAUCAGUUUGCCACCGAGAAGUCGCUCUACGAGCAGGGCAUCGAGGUCCCCACCACGAAGCGGUGGCAGAUCACCAAUCGCUACCGCGGGCUCCAGUGCGACGGCAUCCACACCGACAUGCGCGCCAGGGACCCGCUCUUUUACGACAUGCCGUGCCCCAUGGGCCAGCAGAAGUAUGGCCAGUCCACCUUCUGCACCUGGGUGGAGCCCUUCAAGAAGGAGCUGAGCGGCCUCUGCCCAUGGGCGUACGGACUGGACGACAUGGUGCUCCAGAGCGGGCUCUACUCCAUGUGCGCUGCACACGAGAAGCCGUUCUGCUAUUCGUACACCGAGCAUAUCCGCUGAUAACUCGAGCCUAACACGGUGGUGGCGCUGCAGCUUCUAGACCCUGUCUGACACCUGACAUCCUGCACUCACGUCUGGGCGGAAAGCGCGGGCCCAUGGUGUUGCAGCAGCAGCCCAGGAAGAGGGCGAGGAGACGGAGGGACACACGGAAUGACAGCUCAUCUAACAGAGGA